UGACUCCGUUCUGUUGUCUCUGAUCGGUUCUCAUUUGAAGAGGAUUUUGCGGGUUAGCAGGAUAAUGGGAGUCUUCCUCCAAACGGAUGGAUAUUUAGGACUGUCUCAUUGUCUCAGCGGUGGCAACACUCGCUGUUAAAAUUAACCCAACGACUUUGCUGAUUAACGUGGCUCUCUUUAAUCAAUAGUGCGUGUUUAACGUGUUGCUCGGUGUAUGGAUUUGUUUUGCUACAUAGCUAGUUAGCUGCUAGCUAAUAGCGCUAAUUUAAACAUGCAAGACAGUGCAACUCUCGGUUUUGAAAAUAAACUUAAGUUAGAUUAUGAACGCGCUGUGAUCUCCUCUGUCUGUCAUCAUGUAUCUAAAGUCAGUUCUACCGAGUAACGGAACAAGGAGCUGCGGAGUUGCCGAUCUGAGCUAGCCUGCUAGCAUUGAACAGUUCCGACAGCGUGAGGAUUCGGGUUGUGGCGACCAGCUGAUCGGCUCCCUGGGUCAGCUGCUUCCAGCAUCAAGUGUUUGGGACCGGAUACGUUUCCAGCUACAAUGGCUAAUGUUACAGACCUGCAGACAAAAUACAGCAAGCUGGCGCAGGAGUAUUCAAAGCUCCGUGCCCAGAACCAAGUGCUGAAGAAGGCAGUUGUAGAUGAACAGGCUAACUCUGCCUCUUUAAAGGACCAGCUGAAGCAGAGGGACCAGAGCCUGAGGAAGCAGGAGCAGGAGAUGGACAGCCUGAGCUUCAGGAACCAGCAGCUCGCCAAGAGGGUGGAGCUGCUGCAAGAGGAGCUGUCUUCUAGUGAAGGCAGGAGCAGAAAGGGGAAGGGUAAAGGAGACUCUCCACUGCAGCCAGGCCUGCAGACACAAAGUGUUUUCAAUGAAGAUCUGCAAAAAAAGAUAGAAGAGAAUGAGCGUCUUCACAUACAGUUCUAUGAAGCCGAUGAGCAGCACAGGAAGAAGGAGGCUGAGCUGAGGGCCCGGCUGCAGAAGCUGGAAGGAGAAGCAGAGGAACACCAGGCUGUUGUUGACGGACUCACAACAAAGUAUGUGGAAACCAUCGAGCGCCUGCAGGGUGACAGAGCUCGUUUAGAGCUGAAAGCACAAACUCUGGAGAGGGAGGCGAAAGACUGUCGAAUGCGAACUGAAGAGUGCCAGCAGCAGUUAAGGCGCUGCCAGUCGGAGCUGAGCAGGCAGGUGAAGCAAAACAGCAGCGUCAUUCAGGAGAAAGUGCCCUUUAACGACACCAAAUUUAGCGACUAUAACAGCCUAAAUGUGCCAUCACACAACCGACGGCACCAGCUUAAGGCUCGGGACGUAACAAGUCAAGCCCUGAGUUUCAUCCAGGACCUGGUGGCUGCUCUGCUGAACUUCCACACCUACACAGAGCAGCGGGUCCACAUCUACCCCCUGGACUCGUCCAUCGAACCCAUUUCUCCUCUGAACCAGAAGUUUUCUCAGUAUCUCCAUGAGAAUGCUGCCUAUGUGCGCCCCCUGGAGGACAGCUUUCUGCAAUUGUACCAAAGCAUCACAGAGGACACUGUUACAGUGCUGGAGACUGUUGUCAUGCUGAGGAAUUUCGCUGAGAAUUUCUCCUCCUAUACACACUUCCUGCUGAAGAUUCUUCCCUACCAGCUGAAAAGUUUGGAAGAAGAGUGUGAAGCGCCUCUAUGCACUGCUGCCCUGAUGGCGAAAAACCGGGAGUUACAGAGUGACAUGAAGAAAGUUACCACCGUGUUUGAGAAGAUGCAGAACUACAUCAAUCUUUUGGCCUUACCCAGUGUUCAGCAGGACGCCAUGCCACAGAGCAGCACCUCAGCUGUCUUCACCCAGCUGGCAGCUAGCCUGCACAGCCUUCAUGAUGCCAUUAAAGAGAUGUCAAAACAUUACAACCAGAAGGCAAGCAUAGAGCAGGAGCUCCCCACAGUCACGCAGAAGCUCUGCACCACCACAGAGUGCCUCCUCGGAUCGUUGGGCUCGUUGACCAGCAUCACUGGCAAGAUUGCCACUUUCUUCAGCAACAACUUGGACUUCUUCACGUCUCCAGGCUACAGUCCGAGAGGAUGCACAGUGAGCCUCAACCCGCAGCAAGCAGAGAGCAUGCUGGCCAACAAAAAGAAAGCAGCUGCCUACAUCGACGCCAUCAAAACGCCGAGGCCACAGUCGGUUCCUUACAGAGAAGCUCUGUCAAACCGUCGGAUUCUCACCAGCUCCACUGAGAGCAGAGAGGGUCUCACUCAACAGGUGCAGCAGAGCCAGGAGAAGAUCGCCAGGCUGGAGCAAGAGAAGGAGCACUGGCUCCUGGAGGCCCAGCUGGGGAAGGUGCGGCUGGAGAAGGAGAACCAGCGCAUAGCCGACCUGGAAACGCAGCUGGCAGCGGCUCUGGGGGGAAGUCAGAGCUCCCAGACAGCCGCAGACGGGCGGCUCACACAGAGCCACGAGGAAGCUGAGACGGCGCAGAAAGCCACAGGGAAAGAAACGACUCUCUGCACCAGCCUGGUUGGCAUGUUGUGCACAACACCAACAAAUGAGCACGUGGGAGACGAAGAGUCUCGUGAACAGCUGAUAAAGACUCACUAUAUGACGAGAGUGGGAGAACUCACCACCCAGCUCCAGAUUUCAGACAGCAAAGCUGUUCACUUUCACUCAGAGUGCCGAGCCUUGGCAAAGAGAUUAGCCAUCGCAGAGAAAGCACGGGAGACUCUGAGCGAAGAGGUCAAACUGGCUAACGAGAACAUCACACGGCUGCAGGACGAGCUGACUACAACUAAAAGGAGCUACGAGGACCAGCUCAGCAUGAUGAGCGACCAUUUAUGCAGCAUGAAUGAGACGUUGAGCAAGCAGCGAGAGGAAAUCGACAUGCUCAAGCUGGGUGGCAAGGCGAAUGCGAAAAAGAACAAGAGUCGUUAGAGCUGCUCUCAAACCGUCAACAUGUGCGGAGGAUUUCCAUGCUGCAGAACCUCUUGGUACCGACGCAGUCUUUUGACCUUCAGGAUGACUGCGAGUUCAGAGACUCGAACAUGUUUGAUAAAAGCUUUGUUUUUCUGUUUUCUUGUCACGUCACCUUUUUAAUGAUUAUGAUUAUCUAUAAAUGGUUUGGCUGACCUCUCAGGUCAAAGAGGAUAGAAAAACAGCUGAAGUGGAAGUUUUUAAUGCUCACCGAAGUCAAGACUUGAAGACCAAACCCUGUUAAUGUGUGUAAUUUUCUGACUAAGUGUGUGCCUGAGUGUGCGAGAGAAAAUUGAACUGUGCACCCUUUGCUGCUUUUCUGUAAGUAGGUGAACAGAGUAAAUGUUGGUGUGGUCGUACGUUUGCAGGGUGUUGCCUCCUGAAGCGACUCUGACACCGCGCUUUGCAACGUGAGAGUAUUGUUUUACAAUGAAAUGGCUAAAUCUUUUUGGAUUUGAGAUUAUCUGUGCAGGUGGUAACUGUGUAAAUCUACCCCUUCUGAUACAUGGAUAAUGUAACAAGCUGUUGAGUAUGAUCAAAUAGCUUAUACAGAUGCACUUGAAAUCAUUACCCUUUCCGGAAACGUUUUCAUUUUCAGUCCUCUGGAAGUGGAUUGAAGAAGAUUUUCAGCACUGAUGAGCUCUGUUUACCUGGGCAGGUUGAGGCUUGUGAAAUUGUCCAAGUCUGAGUCUUAAGAAGUUGAUCGGUAACAAUAGUUUUUUUUUUUUUUUUUUUUUUUAUCAUCACCAAAGGAAAUGUGGAUGCAUACUCAAAGCUCCUUACAUUAAUCUAAGAUGUAAGAAUAAAAGGAGUUCAUGUGAAUUCAUCUGAAAUCAUGAUGUAAUUAAAUGUUUCUUAAAAUUAUGUAUACAAAAAUUUGCAUUUAUUCAGAAGUUACAAAUCUUUAUUUUACCCAGAUUUUUAUUUUAUACAGAUUCUGCAGCUGUUUUUUUUUUUUUUUUUUAUUUCAGUAGCUGUCUAUGUAACUGGGAAGAGUCGUUGACAGAUUGAACCACAAUGUAAACAAAGAUUAGGGAAAUUGUGACUCGUGACAGACUUUUCUAUGUGAAACAAAUAAAGAAGCGUUGCUCCAGAACCGUUAAUUCAAGACUGAAAUUUGAUCACAGAGAUUUGAAAACACCCUUUAACCCACGGGAGAAAACAAAUCUGUAUUUCACAAUGUAACACGUUAAAAGGCACAUAUGUGAAUUAAAAUAAAAACCUUGCUCAAUAUUGAA